AAAAAAUACACAAAUCAUCAAAUCUUGUCUUGUUUAUCUUGAUAACUCCUCCUCGUUUUAAAAAGGAAGUUCAUUACUUUAGUAACACCCAUUCCCUCACGCUCAGGUUUUCGUUCUUAAACGGCAGCCGCAGACCUUCUACAAUACUUAACACGCAGGCAAAAGAAAGAAAAGUACUUUUCUUUUUAAGUCUUGUAACGCUGCUUUUGAACAUGGAGAGCUGUUUUUCAUUUAACCGGGAACCAGGAAACAGAAGGGUCUUUCCUUCCAACACGGAAGGGGAGGAAGGAGUGUACAGGAUUCCUGCUCUUCUGUGUGACAAAAACACUAAAACUCUUCUGGCUUUUGCAGAGAAACGGUCAGAUUCAGAUGACUCCAGCUCUGUGGCGCUUGUCAUGAGAAAAGGAACGGUGAUGAAGGAAGGAAACUCUGUUAAUGUUUUGUGGUCUGAACCCAAACGUGUGGUGGCGAAGGAAACUUUGGAGGGCGGAUAUCGUCCGAUGAACCCUUGUCCAGUCUACGAAAAGAAAAGCAACACAAUCUUUCUUUUUUUCAUCGGCGUUGAAGGAAAGGUUUCAGAGCAAAAGCAGAUCAGGUCAGGAGUCAAUAAGACUCGCCUCUACUACAUGACAAGCGCUGAUGGUGGGAACAGCUGGAGCACAGUCACUUAUCUGACUGAACACUUGCCUGAGAUUAAAACCUGGUCCACGUUUGCUGUCGGGGGGCCGGGCCGUGGUCUUCAGACUGAGAGCGGCAGACUGAUUGUUCCUGCUUAUGCAUAUGCCCAGUGCUCAUCAUGUCAGGCUUGUCCAGCUAAAAAGACCAGAAGCUGUUGUCCUCCUCCCAAAGCCUUCAGCGUUUACAGUGACGAUGGAGAGAAUUUCAGCCUUGGAGACAUGAUGGGAGACGAGUCGCUUGAAUGUGAAAUGGCAGAGUUUUGUGACGUUGAGGGCAACAGGUUUGUCUACUGCAAUGCUCGUAGUGGGGGAGGUUGUCGUGUAGAAGGGGUUAGUGAAGAUGAUGGAAAGAGUUUUAUUCUUUUAAAUUCUGCCCUUGUUGAAACUGGAUAUGGAUGUCAGGGGAGUGUUGUCUCCUUUCCAGCUCAACCUGAGGGGGCUGGUCCAGCUCAGGGUGAGUGGCUGCUUUACUCCCAUCCAACCAGCAAGUCCAAAAGGGUUGAUUUAGGCGUGUAUCUGAACAAAUCUCCAAAGGAUCAAAAUGCAUGGAGGAAGCCCUGGAUCCUUAACCCUGGGCCCAGUGGGUACUCAGACCUGGCUUACCUUGAUGAUGGAUGGUUUGCAUGUCUGAUGGAGCGAGGAGAAAAGUCUGAAAUAGAGGAGAUAGCCUGUGUGUGUUUCUCCUAUGACAAUCUCAAAAAGGGCAUUGGAAAUUAAACAUCCGUUCCUCAGAUUCAUCUGUAACAUAGAACACCAGUUACAAACACCACAAUUAAAGACCCUUGUCAAUAAAUGUACAGGUGAUACAUUCGUUUUAUAUGACUGCAUUGAAAGACAACCUGUAUGAUGUGUGUGCUUUGUUUUUCUUCAGCUGCCCAUGUUCAGCUCACUCACACCUUCUCCUCAUCCAACUGUUUGUCAUCUACUAAUCACCCUUCUUCUCCCAUUCUCCAUCUGAUUCCUCUGUUCUCUUCAACCCUGUUGCCUUCUUCUAUGUAAUUACUUUCAAAACAAAAAACAUGUCAUCCAGUUGUUUUAUUUUAACAAUGAUCAUGAAAUGUAAUUGUUAAUUAUUGUCAGUAAAAAUGUCUAGAAGAAAAUAAAAUCCCCACAUAUC